CCAAGUUGGAAGGGUCCCAGUUAGACGUUCUUUUCGCCAGUUGCCGUCAAAGGCUAUUUGCAUUAUUCGAAUAAAACUAGCUAUUAAUAGUUCGCUGUUGAAAACCCAAGAUGAGUACAAGAAUUGUCCUAUUUUUUGGUCUGUUUAUGGUCCCCCUGAUUUCUGGAGCCGCCAGCUUCAAUCCGACUUUGAUAUGCGAACUGGUGGUCAAUGGAACCAAGAUGAACGAUCCGCGGGCCUGCAAUGCGUGGAUUCAGUGCAUCGAUGGGCAGCCAGUUGGUGGAACCUGUGGAACUGGACUUUUCUACGACAGGGAAAGUAAGCAGUGCCUGAGUUCGGGCAGUGUAAAGUGCCUGUCCAGCGAUCCUUGCGCAGCUCUGGCCAACGGAUUUGCUGCCGACCCGUACUCCUGCAAUGGGUACUAUUACUGCAUAAAUGGCAAAGGAAAUCUCGGUAAGUGCCCUACGGGAAUGAACUUCAAUACGGGAACGCAAGACUGCAUACGGGAUUUUCGGUGCUCGGAUAAGAUGGACCCGGACAGCUACUGUAACAUACUGCCGGAUGGUGUUUUCGUCAAGGACACGGACAACUGCAAUGGCUAUCAGAUGUGCUGGGGUGGCCAGGUGCUGAAUGCCACCUGCCCGGGCACUUUCUACUUCAACGCCGCCACGGCCGCGUGCGAUUAUCCGCAGGAUGUGGAGUGCGAUUUCACCCCAGUGCCGGAUAUCAUCGAAAAGGGAGUGUGUCCGGAAACGGGAGGAUUUAUUUCCGACAACCGGACCUGCAAUGGCUACUUCUACUGCAAGGAAAUGGGCGAUGGAGAGUUUUCCUUGGAGCAUGGCGAAUGCUCCGAUGGCAGAUUUUUCCUGGACACCGAUGGUGGCGCUUGUGUGCCCCGUUCCAAGGUGAAAUGUGCCUUCGAUCGGUGCGUGGGACUGGGCAACUCAAACAUUCAGCUGGCCAACGAGUCGGAUGACGGCUGUCGGGGAUACGCAAUCUGCCAAAAUGGCGUCGCCAUUGGCCAAGGAACCUGUCCCCAGGAGGAGUACUUCGACGAGGUCACCCAGCGCUGCACCACCCAGGCUAUAUCUUAUCCCGCCUGCCAGAUAUCGGAUCAAGCUACGACAGUGAAUGAUGGCACUACCACCAAUUCGGUCUCGUGAGCCUUAAACGUAAUCAGUUUUAAUUAGUCACUUUGUGCGUUUUCCAAAAACAUAAGUACAUGAAAAGCUGCUAUCGGCUCCAUUUAAAUAUAAAGUCAACAGUUCAACUCUUGCAUUGGGUUUCUCUGAAUCGAUUUGACUUGGAAACAAUACAAUAACCUACUGAUAGCACAGGUAAACAGACAAAAAUACAUUCGAAUCACUGGAAUUUGUUCCCCAUAUAAAUAAAAUAACUUUAUAUUCUGAAAUUCUAAACACAUCAUCGUAGCAAACUUCGGCAAUCCAAAGAGUGUUUUACUUUUGACAACAAAAAGUCUGUUCGUUAUACAAAUUAUUUAACAGACUUUACAAAUUUGGAAAAUCUAUUAUUUUGCUACCGAAUUCGAAAUGACGAAUAUGUGAAGCUUGGCGAUCGGUGUUCUGCUUGGUCUUCUACUCCUGCGAAGGUCAAAGGUUGACUGUUCCGUAUUUUUACAACAGAAAGUCUGUUCGUUAUACAAAUUAUUUAAUAGACUGUACAAAAUGAGGAAAACUAAUCUAAUUUGUUAACAUACCUACAUUUAUUUCACGGAAACGAAUAAAAAGAGCGUACAAAUUAGGAAAAUCUAUUAUUCUGCUACCGAAUUCGAAAUGACGAAUGUGUGGAGCUUGGCGAUCGGUGUUCUGCUGGGUCUUCUACUCCUUUUUACUCCCAUCGACUGCCAAAAAUCAAAGAGACUGUGCUCCGUAAAUGAAACCGAGGUGUACUGUCCUGGGAUGUGUCCUGAAUCAUGCGAAUAUGAUGGUAACGGACUAUGUUUUCUGGGUUGCGGAGGUCCCUGCAAGUGUAAACCAGGAUAUAUAGUUUAUGAAAAAAUUAAUGCCUGUAUUCUACGAUCUGAUUGUCCAGCAGGCUUAGUGCAAAAGAAAGGAACACGACACGGCCCAACUCCAGAUAAAAAUAAACUAUUAAACGACCGCUUUAAUAGUAUACACAAGCCUUAAUUAGCUAAAUAAUAAAACAAACUUCGAAUAUAUGCCACGAA